AUGGCGUCAGAAAGCUUCACCGAAAUGAAGGGCGGCGACGUGGAAGCCGUGGGCGCACACUGCCAAAUGGAGUACUGCCACGUCCUCGACUUUCUCCCAUUCCGCUGCGAAAGCUGUCGGGGAACAUACUGCCUCGACCACCGCACCGAACACGCGCACAAAUGCCCCCAAGCCGGCUUGUGGGCGCGCCAACGCGCCGCCCAAAGCGCCUCCUCGUCCACAAUACCGCCCAAACCCUCCCUCUACACGCACGACCAGCAAUGUUUCGAAAACGCAUGCAAGACGCUCAUCAACACGUCGCGCAUGCCCGCCAACCAAUGCGCCGCCUGCAACCGCAGCUACUGCCUCAAGCACCGCAUGCCCGAAGACCACGACUGCAAAAACGUGCCUCGGCGCGGCGCCGCAGCUGCAGGCGCGCGCAUGAGCGCGCUGCAGAAACUCAAGCUGUGGGCGGAGAACAAGCGCAAGGAAGACGACAAGCGGCGGGCGCCGAAGAAAUCCGGGGGAUUUCUGGGCCUGGGCGGAAGUAAGACGGCGGCGACGAAUGCGCAGGCGGAAAUCAAUGCGCUCAAGCGCGCGGCCAAGGGCGAGGCGAGUGUGCCCGCGGAGAAGCGCGUGUAUUUGCAUGUCGAGGCCAGCGCGGAUACCACCAAGGCCAAGUACCCGACGGGCAAGUUCUUCUACAAUAAAGAGUGGACGGUGGGCAGGGUCUUGGACGUCGCGGCCAAGGCGCUGCAGGUACAGAACGUGAACAAUCGCGGGGGAGGGGAGGAGGAAAAGUUGCGCGUCUUCCAUGUCGAGGGGGGAAGGCUGCUAAAGUUUAGUGAGAAGAUUGGGGAGGCGACAGGGAACGGGAACAUGAUUGUGCUGCUGAGGGGGGUUGGGGAUGGAGAGCCGGAUCUUAUUGAUUUAUGA